AUGCGUUUAUUACAUGAUCAAAUAAGAAUUAUUUGUUUUGAUGAAUAUAAACAAUUAUUUAUUCAAAUAUAUUUAUGUUCACGUAUAGCUUUUACAGCACUUCGAUCAUUACCAUCAUUAUAUGGAUAUCUAUUAAGAAAUUAUUUAAUAGCAAAUGGAAAAUUUCGAGAAGCUGUUGAAAAAUUUCGUUCAAUAUUAUUAUCUGUUCCAAUACUCAUUGUUGAAUCAUGUCAAGAUACUCUCGAAAGUCAAUAA